AUUCCAGAACACGGCAAACGUUGAUACACCCAUUUAUUACGAAGGCAGCUUUUGGUUCGUACGGACGUGUUUGCUUCAGUAAUAGUAGUGUUACCGUGUAAGUGUGUCUCCCAGUUCAACUCCAACGAACCUACAGCUGAAGAAGAAGCCUUCAAGUCAUCUUUAUAUUUUUUUAAUAUUUCUCUACACACUUGAAACCGUCAUGGAUCCCGAAAUCGAAGACAUGGAUGCUCAUCUUCCCGUUCAACCGAGCAUCUUUUCUUUCCCGAGCGAUACGCUAACCAAUUUGGCUAGAAGUACUACUCCCCAUCGAACGAACACGAAAACACCUACCGAUGCAAGCGAACCAAUGGGACGGAGUCGUUCCAGGGCCCGUUCACAGUCCCGUCGACGUCGGAUGGCUAUGCAGCAAUCCAAAGCUGCUCAACAACGGGAAGCGGAAUCGGAAACUUCACCGAUGCGUCAACGGCGAGGACGAAGCCGAUCACGAUCAGCUGCCAAGAGUCGUACCGGAAGUUCCCGAAGCCAAUCGCGUCGUCGCAGUCGUAGCCGUGCAUCGUCCCGUUCACGAACUCGCGCCCGUUCGGCUCGUGCUCGUUCGCGUAGUGCAAAGCGUACCAGCCGUAGUCGGCGGCGCUGAAGAGUGUGUUCGUUCGCACCGCAACUCGAAAGAGAAAAAUUUCCACAUUUUUGUCCUGUUUUUUUUUUUCUUUUUUUUCACCACAUUCGAGUUCUGAAGGAGUGCUUAAAUUUUAUGCAUCCUAGUUUGCGUAGGCUAAAUUGCAAAUGUAAUAUUACAAACCAGCAGUAAAUUUUCGAUUACUUCACAAA